CGCACAAGCUGUGACGACGAAAACAGUCCAGAAAGACUCCGCCGCUGACAGCAAACAUCACGACUUGCCGUCCGUCUUCCAGAAAAGUCGUGCGCACCGUCCAUUGCGUCGUUGAGGUCACGCGAAAAAAAACCAAUUUAAAAACGACAAACAACAACAAGCCGGUGACGAGAGGCAGCUUCCGGUCGUCGGGACAUCCGUAGCAGCAAAGAGGGCGGACAACAACAAGCCAUCGCCUCGCCGUGUCUGCGACAAUGCCGCUGAGCGUCAACGGCAUCCUGUGCACGCUGGCAAUGCUGCUCGUCUGGCGGGCAGAGGAGCUGGCGGAGGCGUGCAGCUGCGCUCCGGUGCACCCGCAACAGGCGUUCUGCAACGCCGACAUAGUGAUCCGAGCAAAGGUGGUGGGGGAGAGAGAGGUGAUUUCUGGGAACGACAUCUACGGCAACCCCAUCAAGAGGAUCCAGUACGAGGUCAAACAGAUCAAGAUGUUCAAGGGUCCCAAUCAAGACAUCGACACCAUCUUCACCGCGCCCAUGUCCGCCGUGUGUGGCGUCACCCUGGAUGCUGGCGGCAAGAAGGAGUACUUGAUCUCCGGCAAGUCCGACUCUGGCGGUCAAAUGCACGUGACGCUGUGUGAUUACAUCAUGCUGUGGGACUCCAUGAGCGCCACCCAGAAGAAGAGUCUGACUCAGCGCUACCAGAUGGGCUGCGAGUGCAAGAUCGUGCGCUGUCCUUCGCUGCCCUGCGAGAUCUCGGCCCCUGAAGAGUGUCUGUGGACGGACCUGAUGAUCGAGAAGCAGGUCCACGGUCGCCAGGCCAACCACUACGCCUGCGUCAAGCGGGCCGACGGCUCCUGCUCUUGGUACCGCGGCGUGGCCCCACCCAAAAAGGAGUUUCUGGAUGCCGAAGACCCCUAAAAAAAAAAGAAUAAGAAAAAAGAAGCUUCUUUUCUGCCUGAACGUCAACUAAUCCCGCGGAAAACAGGCAACUUUUUGAUUUAGAGGUGAAAAAUGUGCUGUUGUGAGAAUAAUCUCUUGCCUCUUUGUGUCCUUUUGGGGUUAAAAAAAAAAAAUCUAAAAUGAGGGUAGUUUGUGGAGGUUGUUGUGUGUUUAAAAACCAAUCAUGGGACGUAGACUGGUCAAGUGAUGAUGUAACUUCCUCCUGAGGCUGGCGUCAGGAGGAGACAACAGCACUUCCUUAAAAAAAAAAAAAAAAUGCUCUUUAAGUAAGCCCUCACCCAUCCAUCACUGAUGACCUCAUUAUUAAUUUUAUCCAAAGCCCAAAUUCCAAGUUGCCUUUUUUUUUUGUCUUGUGAAAUGAUUGUAGCACUCUGUUUUUAUUUUUUCUUCUUCCAUCUCAUUUCAUUUAGUGGUCAUUUUUAGUAACAUGUGACAAACCUCACUGGACCAGUCUAUGAUGUGCAUCGCAAUAUUGGCUUGCUCUCAUUUUCCACGAAUUAAGGUAAAAAGAGCUGCAAUUUCCCCGUCCUUCGCCACCUAAAUAUCUGCAUUAUGUGAACGUAAUGGUGGUCAAACACCGCGGGCGUCCCGGUCCGAUAUCAAACACCAGCACAAAAACAAGUAUCGGCAUCUAAAAUGUCCGAUACAUGCGUGUUUGCUAGCUCUUAAAUGUCCUCCAAUCAGCACACAAGGUUGGUCUUGUCUUGUGUGUCGGUCAAGUCAUUAGCAAAAAGUAAACAUGGUAGGCUAUAGGUUGGCAGCUACCCAACAGCUAAGCACACAAGCUAGACAUUAGGGGAGUGGGGAUUCUCACGUUGUGCGAUUCAGUAUCGAUUCUCAUUUUAAUUUUUUUUUUUUUUUUUUUUUUUUUUUUUUUUUUUUUUAAAUCAAUCCAACAAAACAAUACACAGCAAUACCAUAACAAUGCAAUUCAAUUCCAAACCCGACCCAGCAACACUCUGCACUAAACAGAGCAAUUGAGAGGAGACACAAACCAAAAGUAGUGAAACAAAAAUGAAUAUUAUCAACAACAGUAUCAAUAUUAGUUACAAUUUCAACAUAGCAGUGAUUAAAAAUCCCUCAUUGACAUUAUCAUUAGACAUUUAUAUAAAAAUAAAAGAACAAUAGUGUCACAGUGGCUUACACUUGCAUCGCAUCUCAUAAGCUUGACAACACACUGUGUCCAAUAUUUUCACAAAGAUAAAAUAAGUCAUAUUUUUGGUUCAUUUAAGAGUUAAAACAAAUGUACAUUAUUGCAAUCAGUUGAUAAAACAUUGUCCUUUACAAUUAUAAAAGCUUUUUACAAAAAUCUACUACUCUGCUUGCAUGUCAGCAGACUGGGGUAGAUCCUGCUGAAAUCUAUGUAUUGAAUGAAUAGAGAAUCCUUUUGAAUCGGGGAAAUAUCGUUUUUGAAUCGGGAAAAAAAAUCGAUUUAGAAUCGAAUCGUGACCCCAAGAAUCGCUAUUGAAUCGAAUCGUGAGACACCCAAAGAUUCGCCGCCCUACUAGACAUGCGUAAUAAUAACUGAGCGAUAUUGCGGUCUAAAACGGCACGUUUGUCAACGUAAGUAUCAAAUAGUUGCGUGUUACAAAUACAAAACGUAUCCUUUUUAAUACCUACGUUGUUAUUUUUGGCGAAUUUUACUUGAUUCGCCGCUGAAGUCCUGUCAAUAUCGGUAUCGGAAGUGAAAAGGUUGUAUCAGGACACGCCUAUAUCUAGGGAUGAUGUUUGAUAAGAAAUUAUCGAGUUCGAGCCCAUUAUCGAACCGAUUCUCUUAUCGGAUCCAGAUAGGUUGUUGUAUAUGGAAAAAAACACAAUAUUUGGUUUAACAAAAGCUCACUUUUAUUUUAUAAGAAAAAUAAAUAAAUAUUGACUGUUACCCCCCUAAGAAAAUAAAAUAGAUAAAUAUUGACUGUUGUUACCCAAAGUAUAUUAAGUGGGAUUUUUCAGAAAAACAAAUAUAUACAGUAACACAAAAACAACCUGUCUCUGUGAUCACUAUAGGUGAAUAGCCAUGCCUUGAGGCGGUUUUCCCGGUCCAUUAUUUUUGCUGCUUGUGUGACAUCACAGGAAAUGUCAUUUUCUUUGAUGUCCCACAGGGCGUUUCUUGUGGGACGGGAUUCGUUCUCAGGGAUUCGAAUAAAAGAACCAACUCUUUUUCUUUAAACAUGGUCUCUACCUGUAUAACGGGAACCGGUUCUCAAAAAAGGGAUUUGAGUCCAUGGAAUCGGUUCUUUUCUUAUCGAACGGUUCUUUUCUUAUCGAACAACCGGGAGAACCGGUUUCGAACAUCAUCCCUACCUAGAUCAUUUCUAACUAUGACACAGGUUUAGUUUUUUUUCCAGAUAAACCGCAAUAUUGGGCUCACUGAUGCAGAUUUGGGAGCUUAAAAAUCCUCUUAUCGAACCGAUUCUCUUAUCGGAUCCAGAUAGGUUGUUGUGUAUGGAAAAAAACACAAUAUUUGGUUUAACAAAAGCUCACUUUUAUUUUAUAAGAAAAAUAAAUAAAUAUUGACUGUUACCCCCCUAAAAAAAAUAAAUAGAUAAAUAUUGACUGUUGUUACCCAAAGUAUAUUAAGUGGGAUUUUUCAGAAAAACAAAUAUAUACAGUAACACAAAAACAACCUGUCUCUGUGAUCACUAUAGGUGAAUAGCCAUGCCUUGAGGCGGUUUUCCCGGUCCAUUAUUUUUGCUGCUUGUGUGACAUCACAGGAAAUGUCAUUUUCUUUGAUGUCCCACAGGGCGUUUCUUGUGGGACGGGAUUCGUUCUCAGGGAUUCGAAUAAAAGAACCAACUCUUUUUCUUUAAACGUGGCCUCUAUAACGGGAACCGGUUCUCAAAAAAGGGAUUCGAGUCCAUGGAAUCGGUUCUUUUCUUAUCGAACAACCGGAAGAACCGGUUUCGAACAUCAUCCCUACCUAUAUCAUUUCUAAUUAUGACACAGGUUUAGUUUUUUUUUCCAGAUAAACCGCAAUAUUGGGCUCACUGAUGCAGAUUUGGGAGCUUAAAAAUCCUCAUUCCUGCUAAAUUCCACGCGUUUAAUUCAUGGCUGUGAGGUAAUAAAACAUCGGAAUCAUGCAGUGCAUACACUUUUUUUAAACUUUUUUUUUUGUGUGACUUGACCAGUAUUAUUUUGUAUUAUUUACUGCGUUAGAACUAGAAUUGCACUUUUCAAGGAAGCGUUCCCGUACAGAAAGGCCGAAACACUGAUGCUAAUCACUAAUUCAUAUUGUUGCCAGGCGUAAAAAAAAAAAAAAAAAAAAGGGUGAUUAUUAUCGUUAUUUCUGUGUCUUUGGAUUGUACACGCGAGCGACCCUUUUCGCAACUCGCCACAUUUCCGCCGCGUCCUGUUCCGUGUUUUGACGUCUUUUUUCCCCCCCCGCGAGUCCUUCCCAAAAGCUUCAGAAAGUACGUUUGCGGCGCAGCUUUAUGCAAACUCCAGCUAGCUAAACAUUAACCUAACGGCAUGCAGGCACUUUCCAAAUGUCAGAAAGGUCCUCGAAAACCAACACGGUUUCGUAGUAAUUAGCAAACUACGUCUGGUUGCUCCAACUAGUGGUGAAGUUGGUGAAUUACACUUUCAUCCGACCGUGUUGGUUUUUGUCGAGGUGUUCCUGAUAAAUUGGCAAGUGAAUGUUUUUAUAUCUAUAAAGGAGUAUUAGAGGCAUAAUUUAAACUUUCCCGGUGUCAUUAUUGUGGUUUUUAUUUGGUGUUUUGGCUGUUAUUGUCUUUUAAGAGAACAAAAAUGUGUUUAGCGGGCGAGAAGGUCCUCUUGCGCUGGAGUCCCGUGAGAGUGAGAAUAAUUCUUUUUUGGGGGGUUGAGAGGGAGAAAGGAGUACCUCGUGUGAAUCGACGACUGGUGCAUGUGUUUGUCGCUUUGUGUAAGUCCGGCAAAAGGACCAAAAUAUUCAGUAUUAUCAAAUAAAAACAAACUUUCAAAGGAU